GUAUAUUUUCAAAUGCAACACUAUUUUUUGUUUGUUUGUUCCUUUUUGUUUCUUUUUAUAUAACAAAUGGGUAAAGCACAAAGUAAAUUAAGUCCGGAACAGUUAAAUGACCUUCAGAAGUGUACUUAUUUCGAAAAAAAGGAAUUACAACAAUGGUAUAAAGGAUUCUUAAAAGAUUGUCCAUCAGGUCAAUUAGAUAAAACUGAAUUUCAAAAAAUAUAUAAGCAAUUCUUUCCUUUUGGUGAUCCUUCUCGAUUUGCAGAUUAUGUAUUUAAUGUAUUUGAUAAUGAUAAAAAUGGUAUGAUUGACUUUAAAGAGUUUAUUGUGGCAUUAUCAGUAACAAGCAGAGGUCGAGUGGAUGAAAAGUUAUUAUGGGCAUUUCAACUUUAUGAUAUUGAUAAUGAUGGAUUUAUUACUCGAGAUGAAAUGUUGUGUAUAGUAGAUGCAAUUUAUAAAAUGGUGGGAAGUAUGGUGAAAUUACCACCCGAUGAAGAUACACCAGAAAAGCGAGUUAAUAAAAUAUUUGACUUAAUGGACAAUGAUAAGGACGGUAGAUUAUCUAUGGAUGAAUUUAGAGAAGGAUCAAAGAAAGAUCCUACUAUUUUACAAGCAUUAAAUUUGUACGAUGGAAUGGUUUAAUUUAAUAAAAUGAUGAGGAAUUAUUAUUAUUUUUUCUUUUUUCUUUUUUUUGGGUUUAUUAAUUAUAGAGAAAAACUAGCCCUUUGGUUAUCAAGUCGUGGUUUUGAUUUAUAAAUAAAAUU